CAAGAAAAGAAGAAGGAGGAGGAAGAAGAAGAAGAAGAAGAAGAAACUUUGGCUUCCCGAGUUCGAGUGAAACGCUGGUACAGACAGGUUACUGUCCAAAGACCAUUCCUGGGAUACAAAAAGUGAUCGCUGUUUGUGCUUGUCAUAUUAGUCAUUGUCUGACCCUCUCUGUGACAUUAUGGACGAUACAGAAAUGGAGGCGAUGGCCACGCCGUCAGGCAGCUCUUCCCUUGGGGAAGCAGUGUCUGGUAGAGGAGGACAGAGCGUGCCUGAGGAAGAUGAAGAUGACGGGCUCUACUACAUUCCUCAGAGAAGACCGUCUCUGGAUCUGGGACCGGGCCCAAUGGAUACCAGCCACUGGCAUUACGUAGAACAGGCACUGCCUCCAGCUCUUAGCUACACAUCAUUGGAAACUGAAGAGAGCUCAGUCGAAAUGGAUGACGAAGACAGAUCCUCCACAAGGGUCCAGCUGGACAGAACAGAUUCAUACUCCAGCUGCUACUCCUUUGACAGUGAUGACUGUGAAAAGAGAAUCCUCAAGGUUAAAACCAAAGAUGAUAUUGUCUCAGAGCCUUCUGAAACACCUGAGUUAAUCCAAAACCCAAAUGAGAUUAGGCAUCCUUCUCUGACCGUGGCAUUCACUUUCAAGGCUAUCUGUAAUACCCUUGGAAAGCUGUCAGAGAUGGAUGUCAGGAGAUUCAAGGGGAUGCUGUGGAAGCGUUACCCACAGUCAUUCAACACUUCUCCACAAGGCAUGGAUAUGGUGGACCUCGUGGACCGGUUGCUCGAGUGUUUCAGCCUCGAAGUAUCUAUGCAGAUCACCAAAACACUUCUUGAGGAGAUGGGGCAGAAAAAGAUGGUUGACUAUCUCCAGACUUUGUGCAUUAGAAAUGAAGUGCGUCAUGAUUUAAGUGAGACUCUGAGGAGAAAGUACUGUGAGGUAUGUGAAGAAGAGAGGAGGCCCUUUGACGAUGCUUUUACAAAACUAUAUAUAACUUCAACAUGUGAUAACGGCCCAAAUAUUGAACAUGAGGUCAUGAAAAUAGAAAAACUGGACAGCAACCGGCAACCAGGGAAACUUCUUUCUACUCAGGAUAUUUUGAGCGCUGAAAGACUAGAACACUCCAACAUAAAGCUCAUAUUGAUCACCGGAGUGGCAGGGUCAGGGAAGUCAAUGGCGGUCAGGAGGUUAAUCCUCGAUUGGAUUGAAGAGCGGUCCCACAGACACGUGGCUUUUUUGUUUCCUUUGCCGUUCAGAGAACUCAAACAGUUUGAGGGUUCUAAGGUCUCCCUGUUGGAAGUUAUACACAAACUCUACCCGGAAACAAAAAAACUGAGGGAGGAGGAUUAUAGAUGCGAAGACUGCAAAAUGAUGUUUGUCUUUGACGGCCUUGACGAGUACAACGGGAAGCUUGACUUUGAAAACACAGAGCUUCUCGGUGACCACACAGAUCCCACCACCCUAAACGUCAUUGUGGUCAACCUCCUCAGAGGGAGGCUGCUCUACCGCGGCCUCUUCCUGGUCUUUUCUCGGCCGCAAGUUAAGCGGUGCAUCCCUUGGGAUACGCAUUACGAUGAGAUAGAAGUGCGUGGAUUCUGCGACCCUGAAAAAGAUGAGUACUUUAAGAGGAGAUUUAAGGACCCAGAUCAAGCAGCCCAAGUUAUAGCGUACAUCAACUCUUUCAAAACCCUCAGAAUCAUGUGCCACCUGCCUUUGUUCUGCUCAGUGGUUGCUGAUGAGUGCCAUCGCAUAUUUAGGGAACAGGGGACACAGACCGAGCUGCCCAGGAGCAUCACUUACAUGUACACAAAGCUGUUGCUAGUGCUCACUGGUCAACUUCGCACAUUUAGAGCUCCAGAUCAUAGCCCGGAAAAAGAAAGAGACUUCCUGAUGAAACUUGGAAAGUUGGCCUUUACCAUGCUGGAGAAAGGCCAGUUCAAGAUGACCAAGUCUGACUGGAAAGAAACCGGAAUCAGUGACGAGGAGGCAGUGAUUAACAGUGGCCUUUGCACACAAUACGUCACAAAGCCAUACGUCUUGUUUCAUGAGAAAGUCUUGAGCUUUAUCCACCCCACCAUGCAGGAGUACCUGGCCGCCCUUUAUGCGUUUCUCUCCUUUAGAAACCAGGGUAAGAACAUUUUUGAGCAGCAGCUGAAAGACAAGGUCAGGGGGAUGUUCAAGGGACACAAAGCCAUGGAGCUGUACAAGAGCGCUGUGGACAGAAGCCUGCUCUAUGAGGAUGGCAAAUUGGACCUUUUCCUGCGUUUCUUGUUUGGAAUGACACUUAAGAGCAACCUGGAGCUCCUCCAGCCAUUCUGCACCUCCUCUGUAAAGUGGCCAGCAGUGAUCGAAGACAUUACUGCCCUCAUCAGGAAGAGGAUCAGAGAAAAUCAAUAUCCUGCAAGGAAUGACAACUUGCAGUGCUGCUUGGUGGAGCUGGGCGUAUUAGCAUCACAGGCAAUGUCCUCCUGAUCUGACUCUUUUAAAACACUGAUCACUGCACAACAUUAUUUCACUACAAAACAUGUGUCAAGGCUUCCGCUGAGUACCAGUUGAAGAAAAACUGAACAAGAUGUGCCUGUCCUGAUGGAGAAACAUGUUUCUCUCUUGUUCAACUAUCUAAUGAUUUUUUUUCACUAAUGAAGUAAAGCUCCCAAAAGCAUUUAGAGCCAAACAUACUAACUUAAGUUCCACAGUUACACUGAUGUACCAGAAAUGUGGAACAGCAUCUUUUAAGGAAAGUGGGAUGGUGUGUUUUCAUGUGUGUUAAUAUGGAUUUACAGAAGCUAUGAGUUUUAAAGUGGCCUUAUUUUAAGAGUGUUUUUCUUGCUUUUACAGAAUAUAUAUACAAUCAAAGAUGUUUUCUAUACAUUAUAAAUUAUUUAGUGUUGCAAGACAGUCUACUUGUGCUAGAAAUGACUUAUAUUGCCUUUAACUGCACUAUUAACACUGUCAUGACAAAUAUGACUUUGUCUAAGCCCAACUACAAUUGGUAUAUAUUUGAAAACUGAAUUAUUCUGGACUUUAAUGUUUUGCAUAUCAUUUAUUUCUUGUUUGUCUUGUGCAUUGGUUUGGUAUUUAAUGCAGUAAUCACACUGAGGAGCUGUAGUUCUAUAAUUGUUUAUUCUACACAGCUGAAAAGCAUCUGUACUCUAAGCUGUGUAGUUUACUUCACUGCCACACAUUGGUUGGUCUCUUAAAGUACUUAAAGUACUUAAGACUUAAAAUAAAUGCUUAAGACUUAAAAUAAAUGGUAUGAUUAACAAUAAAUAAACCACAGGCUUCCAUCA